AUGACAACAAAAUUAUCGGAUGAUCUAUCGUCGUGUGCAAUACUUAUCGUUUACGCUGGAUCCAAAGAAAUCUAUUUUUCAAACCGAAAAUCACUAGAGGCAAUAGCUUCAAGAGUUAUUACCAUAGUGCUUUUGGCUGAACCCCUUUCUCCCGAGGAGACUCCGCCUCCUUCGAGUCAUCACGUCGUGCUAUCUGUUGCAACAGCCACCUUUAGUGGUGAGAGUAAGAGUUUUUUUGAGCAUGUGCUUCUUGAGUCGAUGGCAGUGGCAAUGGAGAAUACCAACGGAUGUAUUUGUGCUGAUGACAUAGCCUUCUCUUCGAAUGACCGGAUAAAACUCUCAGGUAGCUCGAAUCCUGUGGUGAUAAGGAAGAUGUGGGGCAGUUUUGGGCCAGAUGUUGUCUUCCGUUGUUUUGCUUCAGUUCGUGCUGAAAAAGAUGCAAUUGUGGAUGGAAUUACAGUUGGCGGACUCUUAAAGAUUGUUCUGCCAAAGGCUCGCGUUCAGAUACUACCGGAACGUUUGCAGCCAUCACUGAUUUUUUUAGUCUCUCCUCAGGGAAGACAGAGUGCUCUGGAGGCGAUGCAGAGUUUUGCUGAACAUGACUGUUCUCUCUCCUUUGAACCGGAUACUGGUGAGAGUCGGUUGGAGGUCACAUGCAACGUGGACCCUCAAACCGUUUUAGAUGAGGUUCAAAACUGCAUUAGCGAAGAGAGUCUUCUGGACAUACGAGUGGCCUACUCCUUUGAAGUUUUGUCUUCUACCAGAACAUUUCCAUUGCUACAGGCGAUUGCUGCUCACCAUAGGGUUCCCGAUGAGGAGUUGGGAGUCGCCAUUGAGCAGGUUUCCAUGUGUCAGUUUGCCGCUAUGCCAUUUCGCCAAAUUAUUUCACCACCGGUUCCACUAGAAAUAAUGGGUCAUGACACCAAGGACGCCGAUGAGGACGUGGUGUACACUGUUGGUGUGAAACAACUGCACGCGUUACUAACUGAGAUUGUUCGGAAAGAGGUCGGAGCUGCUUGUGAGCCACUCAUCCAGGUAGGGAGGGUAAAUACAAAACCUGAGCCAAACCAAGAGGAUAAUAAACAUUUUAGUGGUGAAGCAAGUCUGAAUGAGCACUUUCAAGUAUCAAAUAAGAAAAGCUAUAUACAACCUAUGCAAGCGCCAGAAAUUAUAAACUUUGAAACUAUGAGGAGCUCCAUGCGUUGGGACGUGGAAGGUGAUACAGCAGAUAUGAUGAGAAAAAAUCAGCCACCUGGCUCCUUGGAAUUAAGUCUUCUCAUGGCGAGGCUGGACCAGAUGGAAGCGAAACUGCAGAGUACAGAGAUGCGACUCGCCAACCUAACAAAUAUUGAUACGGAUCAAUUGGCAUUACCACUAGCUGCACUACGGGCGGACAUUUCUGAUUGCAGCACGCGGAUGGUGGCCCUAGAGAAGGUGGCAGUAAAGUAUCCUCAGUUGGAGGUUGUUUCUUCUGCUGUUAGUGAUCUUGAAAAGUGGAAAGCCAUGGAGGCAGAUGUGCAGUCGCUGAAGACGCGCCUCUCAGAAGUCAUGCAAACUUCUGGGAUACUACGAGGCGAGCUGGAUUUUGUAUCCGCAGGAUUUCUGCGGCGCCUGGAGAAUCUAGAGAAGAGGCGGCAGCCGUCUUUGCCAUCUUUGCCACAUGCGACGGAAGGUACAGUCGAUGAUCUUCGUUAUCGGUUGAAAUCUCUUGAGGAAGAAACCAGUUGCUUGGUGACCAAGGCAGUGAAUUUUGACCGGGCGAUAGCUGAGCUACAGCAGACGUGUGCCCCUUGCCAAGGCGAAAAGGAAAACAUGCUUGAACACAAGUUGGAGGCACUCUCGCAGAAGAUGGAAAACCUUUUGGAAGAGGCUCUGCAAGCCCUUCAACAGCACAGUGAAAUGGGCGUGCGUGGUGUAAAAAAAGAGCUUUUCAACAGACUGGACAAAAUGACAGACACAUGGAACGAGAAAUUUGAACACUUACGGUCAAUACUCAGCACGACACAGGCGAAAGACAACUUGUGGCAAAGACACGAAAAGAAAGUAAUAGGAGGUCAAUGA